AUGGGGAGAUUCAGCGCUCAGCUUGUUUUGGUCCUCGCUACCAUAUUUGGCUGUUUACAAAUACCUAUGGUAUUUGGUGAAACCUUGGAUGAAAAAAUAGAGAGAACAACUGAGAUAUGCGUUAAUCAAACAGGCAUCAGCGAAGAGCAAACCGACCUUUUAAUGGACGAUGAAUUUGAACAUUUUGACGAAGAACAUUUCACCCACGAUAUGAGAUGCUACAUGCAUUGCUUCCACAAGAAUUUCGGUAUAAUCGAUAAAGAUGGUAACCCAAUAGAAAAGGAAUUUGUAUCCUUCAUGGAAGUGCGCUUUUCACAGAAAAAGGACAAGGUGAUGGCUGCUAUGGAGAAAUGCAGGAAAAUAGUUGAUCCAGAUCCCUGUGAACAUGUCUUUAAAUUCGAAAUCUGUAUGGCUCACACCAUUGAGUUGGAUAAAUGGCACAUAUAG